AUGGCCAGUGACGGCAUCAAUACUUUUACCGAAUGUGUCACUUUGGCUCAAGUCUGUUAUUGUGCCCACCGCAAAAACACAUUACCAGAAAAGAGUUUGGGUAUCAUUUCAGAUGCAGGGUAUCCAAACAAGACCCGUUAUUCCAUUAAAGGUGUACGAUGGUUACAGGCCGAGGCAACUACCACAGGAAAACCCAUUCGUCAUGCAUUGAACGGUGGGGAAGUCCGUAUAGGUCCUUAUUCUGUAAAUGGGUACAAUGCAGAGACCAAUACGGUUUACGAGUUUCUAGGGUGCUGGACUCAUGGGUGUGAAACAUGCUAUCCAAAACGUGAGGUCAAGAAUACUUACUCGUUAAAAACCAUGAAUACAUUGUAUCUAGAGACCUUUUCAAGAUUGGAAAACUUGCAAAACCAAGGGUACCGCAUUAAAUACAUUUGGGAAUGUACAUUUGACCAAACGUGCAAAGAAAACCCAGAGUACAAGAGUUUGAUUGAUCGGUUCUAUCCCCAUAUGGAACCGAUCAAACCUCGUGAUGCCCUGUUUGGUGGACGUACCAAUGCAGUCACUCUAUACCAUGAAGUAGACGAAAGCACCAAUCAAGAGAUCAAGUACGCUGAUAUUUGUUCACUGUAUCCUUAUGUGAACAAAUACAAAGAAUAUCCCCUCCAUCACCCUGUCAUUCUAAGUCAGGAGGGAAUUGAUAUGACAAACCUUAAGCAAUACAGAAGUUUGGUUAAGUGUAAGGUACUUCCUCCACGAGAUUUAUGGUUACCCGUCCUACCCAUGCAUUGCAACAAGAAAAUGGUGUACACCUUGUGUCGUACAUGUGCAGAGAAAGAACUUCAAACAUGUACUCAUUCACAGGAGGAAAGGGUCUUGGUUGGGGUUUGGACUUCAGUAGAAUUGAAUAAGGCUUUAGAUCUAGGUUACAAGAUCCUUGAAGUGUAUCAAAUCUGGCACUUCAAGGAAUGGAGCGACACCGUCUAUAAGGAAUACAUCAAUAAGUACUUGAAAAGAAAACAAGAGGCCAGUGGUUAUCCCAACUGGGUCAAGACUCAGGCAGAAAAAGAUAAGUUCAAAAGCGACUAUUUUCAGGCCGAAGGUGUCAGCCUUGAAGAUGUAGAGAAGAAUCCCGGCAAAAGGGCCGUGGCCAAAACCAUGCUGAAUUGUCUCUGGGGAAAGAAUGCCCAAAACAAUGUCUUGCCCAAAUCGGAAUACAUUGACAAGCCAGCCAGGUUAUAUGAGAUCAUGUCUGACCCUCACAAAAAAGUCCACUACUUUGACUUCUUUGAACAUGAUGAGUUUUCUCUGAUCAAUUAUUCCGAUUACACGGAUAUGUCAGAACCCCAUGCUGCAGCCAAUGUGUAG